AUGGUAAGAAGUACAGGACCCAGGUCCAACCGUAGAGUCAAUCCGUCCAAAGCCGCAAGUCUCAGCGGCACGAGAGAGAGCCAGCCCCGCCUCACGCCGCCUGCCCAGGUGCUUCAGGACUGGGCGCUGGAGCAGGCGGCUGCGGAGACUCCCUUGGAGGGACCAUUGCAGCGGCUUCAGGACCAUCUUUUCUGCCAGGGCCCAAAGCUGGUCCUGCCGAGCCGCGCGUUGCAUGCCCCGGGUGCCUGGCAGGCCGAAGCCUGGCUGGGCGCGCAGGUCGCAGGCCCCGAUCUGGUCUUGGAGGCGCGCUCGCGUUGGGACCACGGGGACUUCUUCGACCCGCGCCCGGAUGCGUGGAGGGAAGGUCGCACCUACUGCAGGCACGCGGGCUUCUUAGAUGGCUUGGACCUCUUUGACUGCCGCGCCUUCAACGUCUCGCAGCGGGAGGCCGAAUCCAUGGAGCCGCGGCAGCGCCAGGCACUGGAAGUGGCGUACGAGUCCAUGCAUGCGGCUGGCUUCAGGCGAGGGCGCGCUGUGUGCGGUGCUGGCAUCUAUGUCGGCGCCGAGAACUGUAGCGAGUGGACAUCACUGCAAACUGCUACCAGUUUCACCGCCACGGGCAUGGCCUCCUCCAUCCUGGCGGGGCGCAUCAGCUUCGUGUUGGGCCUCAAGGGCCCUGCCGUGGCUCUGGACACUGGGGACUGCAGCGGCCUCACUGCAGUGCAUUUCGGCGCGAAGGCCCGAGGACGGCUCCGUACCAGAGUUCUGCUGCUGCAUCGGUACCUCGGUGAUGCUUUCAGCGAAGCGGUGGGCAGCGAAACAGGCGGCGAAUCUCCUGUCGCCCUCCGGGCGGUGCUUCACCUUCGACGCCGGCGCAGCGGGGCUGGUGCCGGGGGAGGCCACGGCCGCGGCGGUGCUGAGGAGAGGGAGGCAACAGGCGACGGUGCCGACCCUGAGGGAUUUCUGGAGGCCGUCUCCUUGCAGCACCUCGGGCAAACGGCAAGGCCGGAUGACCGGAUUUGA